UAAGGAAACAACAACAACUUAACUACUCCACUAAGCAAAAGGCAUUUUUUACCUAUUUUCAUCUCUGCAUUAUUAAUUACGCCCACUUCAAUCAACAUCAUUGAAUCUUCAAACCCCAUUUGACCCACCCUCUCCUCUCCCCCUUCAUUUCAUUCACACCAAUAAAACCCCCUUCAUUCUUUUAUAUUCAACUCUUUCUCAUCCUAUGUGCAAAUCCAAAAUGGCCAUUGACGCCUCCACCCCUAAAAAAUCUAAAUCAAAAUCAAAAUCAAAAUCAACUCCACGCUCAACACAAACACCACCAUCUUCAUCUUCAUCAUCCAAACCCACACGUGCAACCUCUCUUCCCAAAACAAAAACAAAAACCUCUUCAUUCUCCGAUAACCCUUCAACUUCCUACGCAUCCACCUCCGGUUCAACCGGUUUCCAUCUCUCAACCGAUACAUCAAUCUCAAGCAGAACAUCUCUAACAUCACUCCGUGGCACACUCCCAGAAAAUCCCAACAUCUACGACUUCUCCGAAAUAUGUUCCGCCACAAACAACUUUCUCUCAAAACGCUACUCAUCUUCAACCCCUUGCUGGCACUGUACCCUCCGUGGCGCUGACGUCAUCAUUUUCCAACGCAAAUUCCGACGCAAACUCCAAACCUCUCAGCUUCGUGAACUUCUCUCCGUAGUUUGUCGUAGUCACCACGUCAGCAUAAUCAAACUCCUUGGCGUUUCAAUCUCCGGUGAACAUAUUUAUCUCGUUUACGAAUACGUUCACGGUGCUAAUCUCUCUGAUUGUUUACGAAAUUCACGAAACGUUCAUUUCACCGUUCUUUCUACGUGGAUUUCGAGAAUGCAGGUUGCAACCGAUCUCGCUCAUGGACUCGAUUACAUUCAUAAUAAAACUGGUUUGAAUUUCAAUUUUGUUCAUAAUCAUAUCAAGAGUAGCGCGAUCGUUGUUACAGAACCUGAUUUCAAUGCUAGGGUUUGUCAUUUCGGUGCGGCGCAGCUUUGCGGUGAAGCUGUUGAGGAAAACGAAAUUGCGACCAAACAAUUGGGGGAAAUCACGGAGGAAGGUAGAUCAAAGGAAUUGAGAAGCUCCGAUGUGCAAUUCGAAGGUGUUCGGGGGUAUAUGUCGCCGGAAUUUCAAUCCACCGGCGUAGCGACUCAGAAGUCUGAUGUUUAUGCUUUUGGAGUGGUGAUGUUGGAGCUUUUGUCAGGAGAGGAACCGUUGAAGUUUAAAUUUGAUGAGAAGAGGCGUGAUUUUGUGAGAAUUUCGGUGAUUGAAUCGGCGAGAGCCGCCGUGGACGGCGGCGACGGCGAUGGUAGUGUGGAAGGGAAGCUGAGGAUGUGGGUUGAUAGGAGAUUGAAAGAUUCUUUUCCGGUUGAUGUUGCUGAGAAAUUGACACGUGUAGCGUUGGAUUGUGUACACGUGGAUCCAGAUAAGAGGCCUAAUAUGGGACGCGUUGCAGGGAAAAUAUCCACGCUGUAUUUGAAGUCAAAGAAUUGGUCUGACAACAUGAAAAUGCCUGAUAUGUCCUUUUCAUUAGGUCCUCGUUGAGUUUCUCUAAUUCAUAGAGACACAUUUAAAAAAUAUAAAUUGUUUUUUAUGAUAUAUUUAGAUUUUUGAUUGGUAGGGAUUAUUGGUCUUGGAUGAUUCGAUUGAGACAUGAGUUGAGGAAGAUGUAUAUAUAUGUUUAAUUUAAUUAACAGUGAAUUUUUGGUAA